UUUAUCAAGUAUUAAUUUAUCGAGUAUUAAUUUAUAGAGAUUUCACUGUAUAUUCCUCCCAAACGUACCUCAAAUCUUUUCAACGGAGUAUUUACAUGAUCGGCGUAUCAGAAAUCUAUUUCCCGGCUAUCAAAGGAUAGCUCAGUUGGAUCUCCUGUGGUCUACACUGCUCAUUUGCGAAUUCACCAAAAUCCCAAGAAAAUGUGACUUUUUAUGAUGAAAACUGCCCUAUAAUUAUGUUAUGAAACUAAAUAAACCAUUGAAUUUUGGAUUUCUGAAAUCUUCUAAUACCAACUCAUAUAAUUUUAAUUGUUAUAGUAGAACAAUCUUAUUAUAAGUGAAUCUUGAAAAAUAUAUUAAACUCAAACAUAUAAUAAGAUUCAUAGUUGGUUCAGCUGAAAUUCAACAUAAAAUUGCAAGAAAACUUACUAAUCUAGUGCAUUAUAAGAGCUAGUCAGCUACCAACUAUAAAAGACAUACUAACUAGUAGUUAGUAACUACUAGUCUACCACUAAUUAUAGAUUUCUUCCACCAAAAAUACAUUUAGUAUUUAAUUAAGCCAAUAUCAUAGAGCAAAAACACCCUCAGAAUUCUCAGAAUCAAGAAAUGGAUUCAGACUCUGUUCCUCCAAUUUCUUUAAAGCUCCCGGUUAUCGAUUUCUCGAACCAAACCCUAAAACCAGGAAGCUCAAAGUGGGAUGAAGUGAAGGCUGAUGUCCGUAAAGCUCUAGAGGACUACGGUUGUUUCGAAGCUUCCUUUGACAAAGUGUCAGUGGAGCUUAAGACGUCUGUUUUUGAAGCUAUGGAAGAGCUUUUCGAGUUGCCGAUUCAGACCAAACAGAGAAACGUGUCUUCCAAACCCUUCCAUGGAUAUAUUUGUCAUAAUCUCUAUCAGAGUUUGGGGAUCGAUGAUGCUAAUGUUUUGGUGAAGGUCAACGACUUUACUCAACAGUUAUGGCCUGAUCAUGGGAACAAGAGUAUUAGUGAGACGAUUCACCGGUUCUCGGAUCAAUUAUUGGAACUGGAUGUGAUGGUGAGAAGAAUGAUAAUGGAGAGCUUUGGGAUAGAGAAAUACAUUGAUGAACAUCUUAAAUCUACAAAUUAUCUUUUUCGAAUGAUGAAGUAUACAACACCUCUUGAUGCUGAUGUAGAGGAGACACAGGUCGGUUUACGUGCUCAUACCGAUAAGAACAUCAUCACGAUACUUCAUCAGUAUCAAGUUGAUGGUUUGGAAGUGAAAACCAAAGACGAAAAAUGGAUCAAAGUGAAACCAUCUCAACAUUCUUUCGUUGUUAUGGUUGGAGAUUCUCUAUGUGCACUUUUGAAUGGUCGAUUGCCUUCAUCAUAUCACCGAGUCAUGAUGAUGGGAAAUAAGACAAGAUAUUCGACAGCGCUGUUCUCGGCCCCAAAACUAGAAACUAUUAUAGAUUCACCAGAAGAACUUGUCGACGAAGAACAUCCACGCAUGUUCAAACCCUUUGAUUACAACGAUUUCGUUCACUUCUUCCACACAGAAGCUGGACGUAAAGCUCAAUCUACUCUCCAUGCUUACGCUGCCCUCUGAAACAUCAAACUUAAUUCAGAAUAAUGUUGUAUGUAUAACUUCAUGUUUGAUGUUUUCUUGUUAGAUAAAAUCAAGAAAAAUAAGAUCUGAAAUUGAAACGAAAACGCAAACAACAUUAGGAAGCAAGGUCAACAUAACAUCCAUUGAAGCAACAACAA